CACCAAGGUAUACCGCGCGAGCACUUUUGCUCCUGUGAACAUCGCCGUCAUCAAANNUACUGGGGCAAGCGCGAUGCCAAACUCAAUCUUCCUACCAACAGCUCUCUCUCCGUGACACUGUCGCAAGACGAUCUCCGCACCCACACAACUGCCUCGUGCAGCAGCCAAUACCCCAAGGACUCGCUCACCCUCAACGGUUCAGACCAGGACAUUUCCGGUGCCCGCACACAAGCCUGUCUCGCUGAGUUGCGUGCUCUUCGUCGUCAGCUCGAAGAAUCAAACUCGUCGCUUCCCAACCUCUCCUCCCUACCUCUCAAGAUUGUUUCGCGCAACAACUUCCCUACUGCCGCUGGUCUUGCUUCGUCCGCCGCAGGUUUCGCUGCCUUCGUUCGUGCAAUUGCCAACCUCUACGAGCUGAAGUCGACACCAACCGAGUUGAGCCGCAUCGCAAGACAGGGCUCUGGUUCAGCAUGCCGCAGUCUGUUCGGUGGUUACGUCGCAUGGCAGAUGGGCGACAAGAAGNAUGGAAGCGACAGUGUCGCUGUUGAGGUCGCUCCUGCAGAGCACUGGUCCGACAUGCGUGCCGUCAUUCUCGUCGCAUCUGCCGAGAAGAAGGACGUCAGCAGCACUUCUGGUAUGCAACAGACCGUUGCAACUUCGACUCUCUUCGCUGAACGCAUCGCAAACACCGUGCCACGCCGCAUGCAAGAGAUGGAGAAGGCCAUUGCCGACAAGGACUUCGCCGCUUUCGCCAGCCUCACCAUGAAGGACAGCAACUCAUUCCACGCUACUUGCCUCGAUACUGAGCCUCCGAUCUUCUACAUGAACGAUACUUCUCGUGCCGCUAUCCGCAUGGUCGACAUAAUCAACUCAGAAGCAGGAAAGACUAUCGCUGCAUACACCUUCGAUGCCGGCCCGAACGCUGUCGUCUACUACCAGGCUCACGAAGAGGCCAAGGUCGCUGGUGUCUUCAAGGCCGUUCUUGGUGACAAGGAGGGUUGGGAGGGUGCUCGCGGCAAAGCUGUUGAGGCCACCAACGCUCCCAAGGACUCAGAAGUAGCUGCCGAUCGCCUGAAACAAGGUAUCAGCAGAGUUAUCCUUACCUCUGUCGGUCCUGGCCCCAUCAAGACCGACGAGAGCUUGAUUGAUGAGAACGGCAACACCAUC